AGUAGAGAAAAGAUCAGUUGUACAUAAUCAUUCAAUGGUGGCCAUCAAGAUCUCGCUAGGAUCUCCUGUUGUGAGUUUUAACAUCAUUAUUUAGACCUUGUGAAUGAGUUAUGCCAUUCCUUCAUUUCAUACUUGAACUUCAUAUAAGCAGAGGGGUAUUUUCUUCACCAGGUAAAGUCCAGAGGAUGCUUGUUUACAUGGGUAAAUUCAACCACAGAAAGGCAGCUGAGACAUUGAUUGACUCCAUUAAGAUCAGCUUCUCAACUGACCAUGAUCUGGGACUGAUGAGACAAGGCUACCUAGAGCUGGCCCAGGUCUACCUACACAGUGUUGGUAUGGUCCUCAUCAAGGAGAACAGUACACUGGAGUUUGUGACAGAUCCUGGGGAAGAUGCAGCGGCCAAACAGGCUGCUGCCAAGAGAAAACUGCGAUCAAAGUCGUCAGGAAAACGAGAAAAUUCCCCGUCUAAGAAAGAACGAUCAGGAACCCAGAGUUCACUCAAGUCGCAAGGCAGUAAAUCUGAUGAGAUGGCCGAUGUGGACAAGGAGAGACGAGCUGCCUGGACAGCCAUUAGGUGUGCUGCAGCCCUGGGUCAGGCCCAGCGCUCUCGUGUCCUCCUCAUUGGGGAUACAUCUGUUACCUCCCAGCCUCUCACUGGCAAUGCUGAGACAGAUAUCCCAGAGUUCAUAGCACUUGAUCUUGUUAGUGACUAUGUCCUUGGGGAGAGGAAGAAGGUGUAUAAAACCCAAAUCGAAGAAGAGUUAGCUCCCCUGAUAGAGGCCAAUGAAGUGAAACAUGUGGACACUUACGAUGAGCAGGUGAUGAAGGCGCGGGACGGAGCCAAGGAGCUCAGCUGGAUACACUUCCUAGGUUAUCAGAGUAUCCUCCAGAGAUUGUGUAAUACAUCAACGAUCUCAGCCUCCAGUCGCAAAUCUAGCCAAAAAGACACAGAUUCAGAAGAGGAGGAACUUGCAGAGUUUGACCUUGGGUUCAUCAGUCAUGCCCACUCAGACACAACUGUGAACCAUGACAUGAUCCGGUCAAUGUUGUUCUCAGGAACGUGGUCCCGGCGACUUACGAAGAUCCAUGUUUACCUAGCAAACAACCUCAAGGCAUACAGCUCAGAAUGUUGUGGCAUCUAUCCCCCAGAACAGCUAGUACUGGCCCCUACUGAUACGGAGUAUGACCUUAGUGUGACCUUCAAGUCCUAUGCUUCCAAUCUCACUGUUGACACUGAUGACUCUAUCACCAUGGCCACUGUGGCUGAGCCUGGAAAAGCACCGCUACCUCCUGGAACUGUUAUUGACCCCUACAUGCCCUCAGACAAGCCAGUUACCUCCCCUGUAGACAUGGAGGUGGCACUGCAGUUCUACCAGCCAUCCCUGGAAGAGAAUGACCCUCAGAGACCAGAAGCCACAGGGGCUGAAUCUCGCAUACUUCUAAUGCAUGCUAUCUAUAAGAAAAUGGGAUCUGUUUGUCAGCCUGGUGUACAGUGGGUGUCUCUAUCACAGCUCAAUGACCUUCAUGACAGGUUGGCUGUGCUGGCACAAAGAGCUGAGAUCUCCCUGGUAGAAAAGAAGAAGAAGGACCCAGUAGCACCCUCGCCGACUCCUACUUCCAAACCCAAGAAGGGACAAAGAAUCAAAGCACUUUCCCCGAAGGUUGAACGGGAUGAACGACUCGAGGAUUUUCCUCCCAUCGAGAACCUGCUGAAACAGUGUUUGGAUGACAUUAAGACCCUGCUGGGUUUGCCCCAUGCCAGCUCCACUGGGGAGUUGUCAGAGAAAGCAGACAAGGAGAAAUCAGAGAAGGCAGAGAAAGAGAAAACAGACAAAUCUGAGAAUGGAUCAGUUGUUUCCACAGAGCUGCCAUUUGAAGUGACAAAGAAGAACAUCGCUGCACUAGAGAGUCUAUUUGACCCCAGCUUUGGCUACACGGCCCAGGGCACCGACAUUGUCCAAUGGCUUCUCAAGAUCAUCAAGUCCUAACAGACUGACCUUGUGUGUUGAAGUCUUAUACAUGCCCACAGGACAUUGUUACAGUGAAUACUCAAGGACAUUCACUACAUUUCACAGCGAUCAGAUGCUGUAAUCUGUAAAAUGUAACUGGCUAUGAAUGUGGUAUCAAACUGUAUUGAAAACUGUGAUAGGAAGUAUUUAAAUUUUGAAGACAUUAAAUUGUUAUUGAUAUCCGUCCAAUGUUCUACCUACUUAUGUGAUUUUGCACCUUUCCACUGCAUGCAUUAUAUGAUCUGUAUAAACUAUGUAUAAUUAUAUUUUACAGUUAGAAGUGAAUAAUUAUGAUGCUGAAAUCUGUGAUAGGAUUUUUUUGUUUUAACUGUGAUGAUUAUUUUUUUAUUCAUUUAUUUUCAUAUAUUUGCAUCUGUCUAAUGAUUUGCAAUUUUUUUUUUUUUUUUUUUGUGUAUGUGUGUUUACAUGUACAUUUGUUACUAUGGUAAUAUAUUGAUGUAUGAACUUAGAUAAUUGAUUGUAUACCAUCCCUUGGGAACUGUAUAGGUACUGUGGAACUUUCACUAAUCCUGUGAAGGAUUACUCUAUACUGUAUGUGAUAUAAGCUACAUAAUCUGGUGUGAAUUAACUAUUUUUUGUUCAGCUGGAUGGACAUCUUGAUUGUGGCAUUAAUGAACUGUCAAUGCUCAGUUGGAAUGUAAUGCUGGCUUUAUAUAUUGAUAGGAUUUUAAAAAUCAAUCCAUUGAAACAUUG